AAAAUGUGGGACAAAGCCACAUUUGAUGACUUUGAACCCGCUGCCUUCGAAAACUUCAAAGCCUACAACAACACAAACCGGCCUCUGGACAUGGGAUUGACAAGCUAUAACAUGACAGUUGUGAAACUAAUCUCGCCAACAAGUCCCAGGAUCAGAGUAGGUGAUGUCUUAAAAUACCGAAUUGAAAGCCGUGAUUUUAAGGGUAGGAACCGUAUCGUGGGUGGCGAUUUCUGGUACGCCACUUUGACCUCAGAUCGAAGCCCGAAGGCGAGCACCACCGGCUACAUCGCCGACUACGGCAACGGUACAUACGAUGCAUUCGUACUAGCAGCCUGGCCUGGGAGCGCUAAAUUCAACUUGAUCCUUGUCCAUACCAGUGAGACGGUGUACCACAUGAGGAACACUGUGUGGAAUUCUGAGGGAAGACUGUUUUUCAGGGGCUAUUACCGAUUCAACGGUAAAAAUGCCGACGGCAGAUGCUCCAUGCGAAGACAAGGGACAUGGGAGGCAAUGUGUGAUUACCCAGCAUACAAAUCCUUGGGAAGCACGGUUUUACUGUGUGAGCACAAGGCAGGCUUCCCGUGCGAAUCACUGGUUUCUCUUGGCAUCGACAGUAACCAUAUUAAGUAUUCAGCCAAGCAGAUGGCAAAGGAUUUUGAGUACCUCUACAAAAGUGCUGCUCUAUCCAACCACUCUCUCUCUCUCCACUUUCACGGGUAUGUGAUUGCAUCACACACUUACACAAUCACAAACUGGAAGGAGGAGGUUGACGCACUGAACGAACUGAACAGCACACACUGCAGCUACAUUGUUCUCAUCAACCAGUGGGCACAUUUUGCUCAAUGGACACGUGACAGCUACAUUGAAAGAGUCCGUCUUAUUCGACAGGCCGUGAUUGGUCUACUGCAGAGGUGCCCGGAUGUCCCUGUUGUCAUCAAAGGACCACACGCCCGGCAGCACGAGAGCGUCGGCUCUAUAAUAUUUGGCUCGGACUACUUCUUAAAAGACAUUGAGCUUAUAAACCAGGAGGCUUUCCAGGGAACUGGGGCGUUCUUUUUGCCGGUGUGGGACAUGAAUCUUGCUUAUCCUUCAAGCAAUGAUGUCCACAUGCCCAUGGAAGUUGUUGGGGAAGAACUGAAGAUGUUUUUGGGUUAUGCCUGUGACAAGUUAAUGCGGGCAGCUAAGUGA